GUAAUUUUCGGCCAAGGGGGCGGGGCAAAAGGAGCUACAAAGUCAUGAAGAUGAUGAAGAUGAUGGCUGAGGCGCACUUAAAAGUCAAAAUAAAUCAAUGGAUUUUGUUGUUGUCGUGUGUGGAUUUUUUUCACACAGCAAGCUGCAGAGUCAUGGAGCUGCUAGCAUAGCAUGGCAGCUGUAUUGCUCCCCGUCAGCUGCCAAGAGGGGGACAAUUGCCACUUUUGUUAGCGGAUGCUGGCCCAUGCAUCCUACAGACAUUUGACAGUGGUUGCCGUGGCGACAUGGAGCCGCCGAGUAAACUGCCUCGCCAUUGAGUCAGAAGUUUCUUUCUUCCUACAGUUUUGUUGUUUAAGCACUAUUAAAGGCUCAUGGCCAUGCUUUUCUGUGCAGGUGGGGUGCUAGCAGUCAACAUGACCCUCCCCAGCGCCCUCAUCAGAGGCACAGUAGGAGGCGAGGCCCUCCUGUCUGUACACUACGUCAGUUUUAGCGCCGACCUGCCCAUCAUCAAGUGGCAGCUCCGCCGGGAAAAGUCGGUCACCGUCGUCCAGUCCAUUGGUACAGACAUUGUGGGGACGCUCAGGCCUGAUUAUCGCGAUCGCAUUCUGAUAUUUGAGAACGGAUCCCUGCUCCUGCACAACCUGAGGGUGUCCGAUGAGGGCACGUACGAUGUGGAGAUCUCCAUCACGGAUGAUACAUUCACGGGGGAAGGAAGCAUCGCACUCACGGUGGACGAGCCAGUAUCCCGACCUUACAUCCACCUGGAGGCUUCAUCCGUGUUGGAACGCAGUGAAAACGUCAUCCUCAACUGUUCGCACGACACGGGAACCAGGACCUCGUACAAGUGGUUAAAAGGCGGCACAGCGCUGGGCAAUGACACCAGGCUCGUGCUGUCACAUGACCACAAGCUCCUGACCAUCACUCGGGUCACCAUGCUGGAUGACGAUGUCUACAGCUGCAUCGUGGAAAACCCGGUGGGCUUCGCAACAAGCCUGCCAAUCAGACUGAGUGUCUACAAAAGAAGUUCCAUCUAUAUCAUUCUCUCCACUGGUGGCAUCUUCCUCUUGAUCACCUUGGUAACAGUCUGCGCCUGCUGGACACCAUACAAAAAGCCAAGACGCCCAACAAGAAAGUCUUUCUCCAGAUUUUAUAAUCAACGCACAUCAAGACGUCGCACAGCUGAUGCAUCUCCACAAGAGAUGCAGCACAAUGGAAAGAACGCGGUGACGUCGCUUUUCGUCCUGCAGCAAAAGGAUCUUUCCCCGAGCGACUCUUCCGUCAACAGUACCGGAUCCACUUCUGAACUUGAGCACCCUCCAAGUUAUACUCACUACAUUGAUUCACUUACCAGGGCUAAUGCCCAGGCCAUACAGAGGUGUAGCUGAAACCUGCAGCACCUUCUUCUGCACCAAUUGUGACUCUUGCUUGGCUUAAAAAGACAUCACUAUGCACAUUUAUCUCACUUGGGAAGCUUAAUUUUGGUGGGUUUUUUUGCAGAUGUGAAUUUGGUAUGCAUGGCAUGUAAUUAGUGAGGGCUUUCCACCUACUACAAAACUACUAUAAUGUGUAGUUUAAUUAGAACUACACAUGGUUACCACUUCCGUUUAAAAAAAAAAAGAAGACACUGUUUCCUUCUUUAGUUGGCUCAAGAUAUGCUAAGCUGUUAAAUAAAUAUAAAUUUGUAUUAUUUGCUUAUUUAAGCCACUAAAUCACCUGAUUGAGGGGCGGUAACAUACUCAAAAAUUUACCGAGCAGCAUAAAUACAUAGUUUAACCAAACCCUGCUCAGUAGCGCCCCUGCCGGAGUGUGAGAAAUACCCUGCACCAGUGUCUGAUUACCAGGAAAUCUGCUCAUGUUCAUCUGCUCCAUGACAGGGUGCACCAAAAUCAUCAAAGAGCAUAUACAGUGACAUAAACUGGUCCCAUUUUGGUGGAUUUGGGGUUUCAGAGGUUUUCUUUGUUUUCUGUGUAAUGUUGUCAUGUGGGCCGUUUAAGUUUAAUUGGAUAAUAAGCUGAGAGGGCCAAUAAAAAAAACUAAAUGGGGGCCACAAAUGGUACUCAGGCUGUACUUUGGUCAUCUCUUGAGUUAAUGUGUUUUUUUGGGUGCUGUAUGUUAGAUUUUAAGUGAGAAAACUUGUUUCAUAGAUAUUCCAAAUGAUAUACAGUAGUGUGAAAAGUGUUUGCACCUUUCUGAGUUCUUAUUUUUUUGCAUGUUUGUCAUACUUAAAUGUUUCAGAUCAUCAAACAUUUAAAUAUUAGUCAAUGCAGUUUUUAAAUGAAACUUUUUAUUAAGGGAGAAUAAAAAUCCAAAUCUACAUGGCCCAGUGUGAAAAAGUGAUUGCUCCCUAAACCUAAUAACUGGUUAGGCCACCCUUAGCAGCAAUAAUCAAGCAUUUGCGAUAACUUGCAAUGAGUCUCUUACAGUGCUACGGAGGAAUUUUGGCCCACUCAUUUUUGCAGAAUUGUUGUAAUUCAGCCACAUUGGAGGGUUUUCCAGCAUGAACCGCCUUUUUAAGGUCAUGCCACAGCAUCUCAAUAGGAUUCAGGUCAGGACUUUGACUAGGCCACUCCAAAGUCUUCAUUUUGUUUUUCUUCAGCCAUUCAUAGGUGGACUUGCUGGUGUGUUUUGGAUCAUUGUCCUGCUGCAGAACCCAAGUUGGUUUCAGCUUGAGGUCACAAACAGAUGGCUGGACAUUCUCCUUCUGGAUUUUUUGGAAGACAGCAGAAUUAAUUUUUCAUUCACACAGGGUCAUGGAGGUUUGGAUGUUCUUUCUCCCUUAAUAAGUUUCAUUUAAAAACUGCAUUUUGUGUUCAGUUGUGUCCUCAUUGACUAAUAUUUUAAUUUGUUUGAUGAUUUCAAACAUUUAUGUGUGACAUACAUACAAAACGAAAUACGAAAUCAGGAUGGAAUCAGGAAAACACUUUCACACCACUGUAAUUAUUAUCACACAAUUGUAUUAUGUUACUUAAACAAUAAAUAAAGUCCUCUUGCAGUAGA